CCAGACGGCAGUCUGAUGUUCCUCCACUUCACCAUCCUGAACGAGUGUUCCACUAAUAAGUGUCCGCCCCCCGACGCUGGGCUCUGGUUGGUGAGCAACGGUUCCGCCCCCAGAGUCGCCAUGUAUCGGUCCGCUGGCAAACUGCAGCGCUUCAGCGCGGAUCUGUCGAAGCUUUGGACCCCGAAGAGAUCCAUCAUCGCCCGGAGCAUCCAGCCAGCGCCAGGACUCCUGCAAAACUCGCUUAGAAUGGCCAGUUCAGAGUCGUACAGGAUCGAGAGGGACACGUUUGGAGAACUCAAAGUUCCUUCUGAUAAAUAUUAUGGAGCUCAAACUGUCAGAUCAACCAUGAACUUCAAGAUCGGAGGAGUUACAGAGAGAAUGCCAAUCCAGGUGAUCAAAGCCUUUGGGAUUCUGAAGAAAGCCGCGGCAGAAGUCAAUAAAGAUUACGGUUUGGACCCAAAGAUCGCAGACGCCAUCAUGAAAGCUGCGGACGAGGUGGCUGCUGGGAAGCUGGAUGAUCAUUUCCCGCUGGUUGUUUGGCAAACCGGAUCCGGAACACAGACCAACAUGAACGUCAAUGAGGUCAUCAGCAACAGAGCCAUCGAGAUACUGGGUGGAAAACUGGGCAGCAAAGAUCCUGUUCACCCCAAUGACCACGUCAACAAGAGCCAGAGCUCGAACGACACGUUCCCCACCGCUAUGCACAUCGCCGCUGGUAAAGAGGUUCACGAGGUUCUGCUGCCGGGGCUCCAGGCGCUGCACGACGCUCUCGCGGAGAAAGCUCUGCAGUUCAAAGACAUCAUCAAGAUCGGCCGCACACACACACAGGACGCCGUGCCGCUCUCUCUCGGACAGGAGUUUGGCGGGUACGUGCAGCAGGUGAAGUACAGCAUCGAGCGAGUGAAGGCCGCGAUGCCGCGUGUGUAUGAGCUCGCAGCCGGCGGCACUGCGGUGGGAACCGGCCUUAACACACGCAUCGGCUUCGCUGAGAAAGUGGCGGAGAAAGUGUCUGCACUCACAGGACUGCCGUUUGUGACGGCGGAGAACAAGUUCGAGGCUCUGGCGGCCCAUGAUGCACUGGUGGAGCUGAGCGGCUCUCUGAACACUGUGGCCGUGAGCCUGAUGAAGAUCGCCAACGACAUCCGCUUCCUGGGGUCGGGACCUCGGUCGGGUCUCGGAGAACUCGUGCUGCCCGAGAACGAGCCCGGGUCCAGCAUCAUGCCGGGGAAGGUGAACCCCACGCAGUGUGAGGCGUUGACUAUGGUGGCGGCUCAGGUGUUCGGGAAUCAUGUGGCCGUCACUGUCGGAGGAAGCAACGGACACUUCGAGCUCAACGUCUUCAAGCCAAUGAUCAUCAAGAAUGUCCUGAACUCUGCCAGACUUCUGGGCGACGCUUCGGUCUCCUUCACCAACAACUGUGUGGUCGGGAUCAAGCCCAACAUCGAGAGGAUCAACAAACUGAUGAGCGAGUCGCUGAUGCUGGUCACGGCUCUCAACCCUCACAUAGGCUAUGAUAAAGCGGCCACUAUAGCGAAGACGGCACACAAGGAGGGCUCGACUCUGAAGGAGACGGCGCUGAAGCUCGGCUUCCUGACGGAGGAGCAGUUCGACCUGUGGGUGCGUCCUGAAGACAUGCUGGGACCCAAAUAACCUCUCGCUCUUCAAUAAAACACUUGCCCUGUUCAAACACUU